AAAAACAUGGGUUACCAUAGCAUUUUAAAUAACUAUUGUAAAAAUAUAUACCUUAUCGGAUCAGGAAACUUUUGGUCCGACGAACGAGAAACAGGAGAUGACAAAAGCAUCUUAUAUAGGCUCUACAGAACUAUUCUUUUUUCUACUUACGCGUUUGUGACGAUUUUAGAAAUUAUGGCCGCUCUAUUUGGCGAGUUUCCUGAAGAUGAAGCUAGUGAUUCGGUGACAUUUGCUGUCAGUCAUACUAUAGUGAUGAUAAAGAUUUUUUCUGUGGUCUUGAACAAAGAGUUGGUUAGAUCAAUGAACCAGGACAUGAUUAAAGCUUGUGAGAAAUAUGAAGAGGAAGCAGUAGUUUUGGAGACGUACAGAUCUGUAAAAAUAAAUGCUAUAUCUUAUUUUGCGACUGUUUACGGAUCUGCAGCUUGCUUUUGUUUUGAAGGAUACAGGAAAAUGAAGGCAGGCUCGCAUUUUGUGACAGUGGUCACGUUUUACCCGGGUUUUGAAGAUGACUCAACAUCAGCGACAAUGUUCAGAGUUUUCACUACUGUUGUCUUAUUCCUGAUGUUAAUGACUAUGUUUCUUACGGUGGACUCUUUUACUAUGGCGUACCUCAUCAUGUUGAAAUAUAAGUUUAUAACUUUACGACACUAUUUUGAGAGGUUACGGCUAGAAUUUGAUGAAAUUAAUAAGUCUGGUAAUACGAGGUUGGCGGCGGAGAAGUUAGCAAAUGGACUCGUAGAGGGCAUUGUAAUGCAUCAAGAACUCCUGAAGUUGGGUAAAAACAUCGAUAAAGCAUUCGGCACGGUGAUAGCAAUGCAGCUAUGCCAAAGUUCUGGAUCAGCAGUUUCUCUGCUGCUACAAAUUGCUCUUUCAGACCAGCUGACUUUCAUCGCGAGUAUGAAAAUUAUUUUCUUUGUUCUCGCAUUGUUUUUCUUAUUGGGCCUUUUUCUUUGCAACGCUGGCGAAAUAACAUAUCAGGCAUCUUUACUAUCGGAUGCUAUAUUUUACUGCGGUUGGCACGCCUGUCCGCCGUUACCCCCACCACACCGUAAUCACCAGCGGUUGGUGCGCCAUGCGUGUGCGCAGGCAUUACGACCUCCCGUCAUGAAGGCCUUUAAGAUGAUCGACUUAACAUAUGGUACUUUUUUAACGGUUCUGAGAGCAACUUAUUCAGUUUUCGCAUUAUUUUAUGCACAAAAUAAAUAGUUAAAAUAAUAUUUUCA